UAUCACCCGACAUACCCCUAUACUUCGAAUCGAAAUUCAAUUGAAAUGGCCACGAGGGUAGUGAGCAGCGAGCUUCAGCCCAGCGGCUCGCAUGGCCUGACCAGAGUGCACACCAACGAAUUCAAUGAUUCAUUCCUAGGACGUGUCAAAGCCUUCUUCCACCGCGAUGCCCACGUCGGCCAAGUCAGCUACAAUGAGCUGCGCGAUCGUCAGGAUCUAGAAGUACAUACCUGGCGCGGACCAGACGACCCCGAUAACCCGUUCAACUGGGGCAGCGGGUACAAGUGGACGCUGACGAUCACGAUAUGUAUAAUCUCCAUUCUCACCGGUAUCCCGGCCGGUUCGUAUGGCGCGGGAAAUGAAUACAUGGCGCAGCGCUUCCACGUCCAAAAUGUGCCAUUUCCCAAUCUGGCGUGGGCCACGGCAUCAUGGAACAUGGGCGCCGCGUUCUGGCCGCUGAUCUUCGUGCCGUUGACCGAGUCGUCGGGUCGCAUGCCGGGGUACUUCGUGGCGUACUUUAUCCUCGUGGUGUCUCUUUUCCCGUCCGCGUUCGCGCAGAACUUUGCGACGCUAGUCGUGACGCGGUUCUUCGGCGGUGGUGCGUCGUCCGUGGCGAUCAACAUCGUCGGAGGCAGUAUUAGCGAUGUCUGGCGUGGGGAGAGGGCGCGUAGUAUUCCCAUGUCGUUGUUCGGACUGACCAGUGUCAUCGGCAUCGCGUUGGGUCCGUUCGUCGGGUCCGCCAUCCAGGCAAUCCACAAGGAAAGCCCAUGGCGCUGGAUCUUCUACAUCCAGAUCAUCUACAACGCAGCGCUAAUCCCGGUGUUCUGGCUUCUGCUAAAGGAGACGCGAGAGGACGUCAUCCUGUCGAAACGGGCCAAGAAGAUCCGCCAGGAAACAGGACGGCCGGUAUACGCGCGCGCUGAAAUCAACCACCAGAGCGUAUUGAAGCUCCUCCAAGUAUCAUUUGAGCGGCCCACACGCAUGCUCCUGACAGAGCCCGUGGUCGCUUUCUUCACGCUGUGGAUCAGCUUCGCCUGGGGUAUUCUCUUCCUGUUCUUUUCGAGCGUGGUGCAGACCUUCAGCCACAAUUACGGGAUGAACACGCUGCAGACGGGGAUGAUCCAGCUCGCGAUCUCGGUGGGUGCCCUGAUCGGCACGUUGAUCAACCCACUGCAAGACUGGAUCUACCUCCGAACAGCGAGUCGCAAUCCUGAAAAACCCGGCCAUCCGAUCCCCGAAGCCCGACUGUACACCUCUAUCCCAGGGAGUCUGCUGUUCACGGGAGGACUGUUCUGGUAUGGCUGGUCGAGUUUCCCACAUGUUCCCUGGAUUGUGCCGACUAUGGGGAUCGCUGCCACGGGUCUAGGAAUCUAUUCCAUCUAUAUGGCGGUCGUCAACUACUUAACGGACUCGUACGAGAAGUACGCCGCAUCGGCGUUGUCGGCCGCCUCGCUGGGCCGUAACACGUUCGGCGCCUUCCUGCCGCUGGCAUCCUAUCAGCUGUUCGAAAAUCUCGGGUAUGGCUGGGCUGGGUCACUGCUGGGAUUUAUCGGCGCGGCACUGUCGGUGGUGCCUAUCGUGCUGGUGAUCAAGGGGCCGGCCAUCCGGGCGCGAAGCCCGUUCAUGCGUGAAGCCACCUUUGCAGACCCGGACAGCGAUAAAGAGGAUUUGCGAGAGAAGGAGGGCGCUAUUGAUGGUGCGAAUCAAAGUUUGGGACCUGGUGCGACGAACAGGUUUAGCAAUGCAUCUACUACGGAUGAGGGAGCUAACCGAGUGAGCAAUGAGGUUGCUCAUGGCCCACAUACCAUGCAGGAUGUUGUGUGAGGGAAGACAGAAGUAUGGAGAUGAACAGAAGAGACGACUAGAGGUCGGAAUGAGCAACGAAGACAGAGAGGGAAUGUCAAAUUGAAGAUAAAUUGGAGGAAGAGUCUUAACAUAUGGAUGAUUACUAACUGCACCUGAUGCUAUGCUAUGCUAUGCUAUGCUAUACCAUGACAAGUGCCCGAUGGUACGACUUGGUUGUCUUAUGUACAUAAAAGUUCCAACUCUUUAAAGUACUGUCAAAUAAGGAUAGAAUAACAAGAUUGAAAGACAAGAAUAGCAAAG